UAACCUCGCCGCUGCCAGCCGGACGGGGAAGUGGCCGGCCUGCCCGCCUGCCCAGUGUGGUCGCGGCCGGGGGCGGAUUUCAUGGCCCGAGGCGCACACGGGACUGGAGGCGGCGUGGGCGAGUCCCGGCGCGCCCCCUCCCGCGGGGAUCCCCCGCGCCCGCUCCCUGCCUCUCGCCGGGUUUUCCGAUGCUCGCUGAGCCCCUUGCCGCCGUCGCCCUCUCGCCGCAGCUAACCCCGCGGAGCCGCCGCCUAAGCCGGGGAGGAGAGGAUGACCGAGGUGCUGUGGCCGGCAGUCCCCAACGGGACGGACGCUGCUUUCUUGGCCAGCCCGGGUUCGUCUUGGGGGAACAGCACGGUCGCCUCCACGGCCGCUGUCGCUGCCUCGUUCAGAUGCGCCUUGACCAAGACGGGCUUCCAGUUCUACUACCUGCCGACCGUCUACAUCUUGGUGUUCAUCAUAGGCUUCCUGGGCAACAGCGUGGCCAUCUGGAUGUUCCUCUUCCACAUGAAGCCCUGGAGCGGCAUCUCCGUGUACAUGUUCAACUUGGCUCUGGCCGACUUCCUGUACGUGCUGACCCUGCCGGCCCUCAUCUUCUACUACUUCAACAAGACGGACUGGAUCUUCGGGGAUGCCAUGUGCAAACUGCAGCGGUUCAUCUUCCACGUGAACCUCUACGGCAGCAUCUUGUUCCUGACGUGCAUUAGCGCGCACCGCUACAGCGGCGUGGUGUAUCCGCUCAAGUCCCUGGGCAGGCUCAAGAAGAAAAACGCGAUCUACAUCAGCGUGCUGGUGUGGCUCGUCGUGGUGGCGGCCAUCUCCCCCAUCCUCUUCUACUCGGGGACCGGGGUCCGCAAGAAUAAAACCGUCACUUGCUAUGACACCACCUCAGACGAGUACCUGCGAAGUUACUUCAUCUACAGCCUCUGCACCACGGUGGCCAUGUUCUGUGUACCCUUGGUGCUGAUUCUGGGCUGUUAUGGAUUAAUUGUGAGAGCUUUGAUUUACAAAGACCUGGACAACUCUCCUCUGAGGAGGAAAUCGAUUUACCUGGUCAUCAUUGUACUGACGGUCUUCGGUGUGUCUUACAUCCCUUUCCAUGUGAUGAAAACAAUGAACUUGAGGGCCCGGCUGGACUUUCAGACCCCAGCAAUGUGUGCUUUCAAUGACAGGGUUUAUGCCACUUAUCAGGUGACAAGAGGUCUAGCGAGUCUCAACAGCUGUGUGGACCCCAUUCUCUAUUUCUUGGCAGGAGAUACUUUCAGGAGGAGACUUUCACGGGCCACCAGGAAAGCUUCCAGAAGAAGUGAGGCUAAUUUGCAAUCCAAAAGUGAAGACAUGACCCUCAACAUUUUAUCUGAGUUCAAACAGAAUGGAGAUACAAGCUUGUGAAGAAGGCACAGGGAGCCCCAAACCUCUCACUUUUGUAACAUGGUAGGACGCUUAACAAAGCCAAGUGCUUCUCCCCCACCCUUGCCCCUUUCAGUUUCUAGUAAGUUUAGAGAAAAAUCAAACCAAGACAAUAGUGAGUUAAAAAAAAAUAAUAGUAAAGUAGAGAUGCCCACAUCCACAUUUAGCCUGUUCGGGUUUGCUUUCAAAGCCUCCUUUCUUUUUGACUAUAAGUAUGUGUAGUAAAACAAUACUAUUUAGUUAAAUAUUUACUUUCUCUUACGCCUUUAAAAUGACAAGCUUUUCUGUUUAAAGGGUGUGUGCAUGUAAGUACCAGGGCUAUUUUGAUGUUAGUAACUUCUUAAGAAUACUAGCCACCUGAAAUUUGAGUUUCUGAUUUGUCUAACCCUUCUUGUUUUUAACAAUCCAUGGCAGGAAGAAAUAAAACAUUUACAUCCACA